ACACACGACGAGGGUUCAUAAUCGAUGGAACGACCUGGCGAGGUAGCAGUGGCGAUUAAGACAUGGAGAACAACAGUCCGCCGCCGUUGGCGUCCACCAAGAAGAGAAUCAGUCCUCCGAUUAGCUGGGGCCUAGGUCUUGCUAACAGGGAUACUUUUAAGACGGUUAAAGUGAUCCUGAUGGGCCAGUCGGGCGUUGGCAAGUCGGCUUUAGCCGUGCGGUUCGCCACGAAGCGUUUCAUCGGCGAAUAUGACUGCACCACGGACAGAAUCUAUCGAGUGGACAGUCAGUUGGGGUGCUCAUGGGAAAUAGCAGAUCCUCCGGGGUACCCGGCGGCGGCCGCGGAACCGAAAUUGCGCUGGGCCGACGCAAUAGUUCUUGUUUAUUCCGUAACGGACCGAGUCAGCUUCGAUGAGACUUCUCGAUUGAGAUUUCUGGUGUCGCACGCGAGACGAGGUAGAAAGGUGCCGCCAGUCGUGUUGCUUGUGGGAAACAAGGCCGAUCUCUCUGGCUCACCCGGUGAGCGCAUGGUGUCCGCCCUGGAAGGCCAGAAAAGGGCAAAAGAAAUCGAGGCUCACGCUUUCCACGAGAUUUCCGCGAGAGAAUCGGUUGACCAGGUCAUGGCCGUAUUUAUGAACAUAUUAAGACUAUUGACGGAACUGCCCGCCACCCCGGGAAAUCAGCCGACAUCUUUCAGAACGAGAGCUUGUACAGACGGAUCCAUCAACACAUAUCGCCGGUCUUCUCCCCCUCCUACGAAUAGAAGGUUCAGCAUCUCCGCACGAGGCAAUUUACUGUAAUCUUCAGAUUUCUCUCUCAGAGAAGAGAGGAAUCGCCAUAUAUAAUUUGUAACACUGUUUUAUCAUAAUUUAUUUUGCUAGAAAUAGAGAAAAUGCCAUAUUGCAUAGUAAUCGUUUUAAUAAAACUGGUGGUUUAAUAAAAUCGGUUUAAUAAAACUGUAUUUAUACAAAUGAGUUACUUGCGUACUCUUUUAUAAUUUUAGUUCUUAUUGAUAGCAAAAUAUAUCAACCGGUAUUCUAAUCAUAUAUUUUUCGAUUGAUUUGCAAUACAAAUUUUUUUCAAUGGUAACGUCGAACGGCACUAUAGUUUAAAAUUCGACGGUUUUAGAUGUACUAAAUUUUCUUUGAAAAAAAAAAAAA